AUGCAGCUACUCGCCAGGCUCGACCCGAUCAGCGUCACGCUGUUCAUUAGCUGCUUCGUCAAGUGGUCGUCCUGCAUGGCAUGGCUUUCGACCAGGUCAUGGAGCAGACGAGAUUCGAUCACGUUCGAGCCGUUGCAAGGGCUUCCGCACAACGCGGGCCGUACGUUGCUAGGCCGACUCAAGAGAAGCUACAAUCUGAGCUCGGCCACCUCCUCGAAAUACUGGUAUCAGUCGCUGCCCGUGGACGACAAAGCGGCCAGAAUGCUGGUUGACGAACACAACAAGUACCGGAGAAUGAUACGAGCCAGCAACAUGAUGUUAAUGACCUGGAGCAGAUAUUCAGCUUCAAACGCCCAGAAACACGCUGACCGUUGCCUGUUUCAACACAGUUCUGACCGAUACAACAGCGGCGAGAACAUCUGGGCUGCCCCCUUCGCAAACUUCUCAGGCGCCGUUAACCUUUGGUUCAACGAAAUCUUCGACCGGCACUGCGGCUGCACCAACGCCUACAAGGCAUGCUGUGGUCACUACACUCAGGUACUUUGA